GACUUUCCGCUGAUUUCCUUUUUAUUGUUGUUACUAGUUACUAUUACUUAUUAUUAUAUUAAUACUUAUGAUGGUGAUGAUGAUGAUGAUAAUGACACUGAUGAUUUUUAACCGGAUUAAAAUCGAGUUUUUCUGAAUGUUUCUAAGAAUUUCUCCGGCCUCCUGAUUGACUUUGGAGUUUUGCAUCUUGGGAGAGAAAGCGAAGGCAUUAGUAUUUUUAAGUGGAUUGAUCACAUAAACCUUUUCUCUCCCAACCCCACCCUUGCCCUCAUCCCCUUCCCCACACUGAAAGAAUUUUACUGGCUGUUAAGUCUAUGACCUUAUUUUUCCUGAUCUUUAACUUAACUGUUUUAGAGCAUCUCUGGACGUCUGUAUUUUUAAUUUUUUUUAUUUUUGUUUUUUUAUUUUUAAUCUUUCAUUUGUUAAAUUUUUAAACUGUGCUGCAAUAAAAUGUGUGUGGUACUACUUAACACUAUGAUCGUGAUGGCAUUUUCCCUGAAAGCCAUCUUCCUCCUGUUUCCCUUGAAAUCCCAUCCUGCUUUUCCUGUACACUACCCCUCACAAACCACAAGCUGCAGCAACAUGGAUGCCCAGCCUGGAGCAGCAGCAGCCAGGAUGACCUGGAGCCAGGGGGGCCUUCGGAACAGAUGCACACCCUUCCUGGGUGAUGGUAAGAGUUUUCGGCUUUGUGAGAAACCUUAUCAUCAAACACAAUGGCCAGCAACGUUACCAACAAGACAGAUCCUCGCUCCAUGAACUCCCGUGUGUUCAUUGGGAAUCUAAACACUCUCGUGGUCAAGAAAUCUGAUGUGGAGGCAAUCUUUUCGAAGUAUGGCAAAAUUGUGGGCUGCUCUGUUCAUAAGGGCUUUGCCUUCGUUCAAUAUGUUAAUGAGAGAAAUGCCCGGGCUGCUGUAGCAGGAGAGGAUGGCAGAAUGAUUGCUGGCCAGGUUUUAGAUAUUAACCUGGCUGCAGAGCCAAAAGUGAACCGAGGAAAAGCAGGUGUGAAACGAUCUGCAGCGGAGAUGUACGGGUCAGUAACAGAACACCCUUCUCCGUCCCCUCUACUCAGCUCCUCUUUUGACUUGGACUAUGACUUUCAACGGGAUUAUUAUGAUAGGUUCAAGCGAUUCUCCUGCCUCAGCCUCCCGAGUAGCUGGGAUUACAGGAUGUACAGUUACCCAGCACGUGUACCUCCUCCUCCUCCUAUUGCUCGGGCUGUAGUGCCCUCGAAACGUCAGCGUGUAUCAGGAAACACCUCACGAAGGGGCAAAAGUGGCUUCAAUUCUAAGAGUGGACAGCGGGGAUCUUCCAAGUCUGGAAAGUUGAAAGGAGAUGACCUUCAGGCCAUUAAGAAGGAACUGACCCAGAUAAAACAAAAAGUGGAUUCUCUCCUGGAAAACCUGGAAAAAAUUGAAAAGGAACAGAGCAAACAAGCAGUAGAGAUGAAGAAUGAUAAGUCAGAAGAGGAGCAGAGCAGCAGCUCCGUGAAGAAAGAUGAGACUAAUGUGAAGAUGGAGUCUGAGGGGGGUGCAGAUGACUCUGCUGAGGAGGGGGACCUACUGGAUGAUGAUGAUAAUGAAGAUCGGGGGGAUGACCAGCUGGAGUUGAUCAAGGAUGAUGAAAAAGAGGCUGAGGAAGGAGAGGAUGACAGAGACAGCGCCAAUGGCGAGGAUGACUCUUAAGCACAUAGUGGGGUUUAGAAAUCUUAUCCCAUUAUUUCUUUACCUAGGCGCUUGUCUAAGAUCAAAUUUUUCACCAGAUCCUCUCCCCUAGUAUCUUCAGCACAUGCUCACUGUUCUCCCCAUCCUUGUCCUUCCCAUGUUCAUUAAUUCAUAUUUCCCUGCGCCUAGUCCCAUUUUCACUUCCUUUGACGCUCCUAGUAGUUUUUGUUAAGUCUUACCCUGUAAUUUUUGCUUUUAAUUUUGAUACCUCUUUAUGACUUAACAAUAAAAAGGAUGUAUGGUUUUUAUCAACUGUCUCCAAAAUAAUCUCUCGUUAUGAAGGGAGUACAGUUCUUUUCAUUCAUACAUAUGUUCAGUAGUUGCUUCCCUAACUGCAAAGGCAAUCUCAUUUAGUUGAGUAGCUCCUGAAAGCAGCUUUGAGUUAGAAGUAUGUGUGUUACACCCCAACAUUAGUGUGCUGUGUGGGGCAGUUCAACACAAAUGUAACGAUGUAUUUUUGUGAAUGAGAGUUGGCAUGUCAAAUGCAUCCUCUAGAAAAAUAGUGUUAUAGUCUUAAGAUUUGUUUUCUAAAGUUGAUACUGUGGGUUAUUUUUGUGAACAGCCUGAUGUUUGGGACCCUUUUUCUUCAAAAUAAACAAGUCCUUAUUAAACCAGGAAUUUGGAGAAAAAUCACCCUGGUUU